UUCUCAAUCUUCAAAAAAAUCUCAUGGAAACUUCAGAAAUGGAGGAGAAAAUGGAGGUUGAAGUCAUUCAAAACUCCAUGGAAAAUAUUUCAAUUUUCCCUUGUCACCAUGAAGAAGAAGCAGCAGUUGCAGGGCCACCCCAUGAAGCUUUGUUUGUUGUGUUAACUUAUCUUCCUUUAUACGAGCUUCUCGCCAUGAGUGAAGUCUGCAAGUCACUGAGACACACAGUGAACAACGAUGUCCUUCAAUGGCUGGUCGUGCAGGGUCCUCUAAACUGGCGACUUUCUGAUGAGAUUUUGGUAAAACUUUCUUCAAAAAUGAAUGGAAAGAUCACAACUUUGGGUUUGAUCAGCUGUGUUAAGAUUACUGAUUCGGCUCUCCUUCAAGUCGUUCGAAAUAACCCUCUUAUCAACACGCUUCACAUUCCAGGAUGCAUUGGCCUAAGCCCUGAAGGAAUCAUAAAAGCUGUGGAAAUUCUUUCCAAACAAAACAAGACUCUAAAAAGCUUACAACUAGCUGGAAUUUACAGCAUAAAAAAAGAACACCUUGAGACACUUCACUCACAUCUCAAACUGAACUCAUCAGACCCCCAGAAUCAGAAUCAGCCUCUGCUGUAUCAUGAAUACAGAAAUUCGUCGUCACAUUUGCCCGCGAGUGACCGGCAAAUCGACGUUGAAAUGUGUCCAAGGUGCAACCAGGUGAGGGUUGUUUUUGAGUGUGCAAAGGUGCUGUGCAAUAUCAAGGACAAGAAGAGCAAAUGGUUCCGGGAAUGCAAGGGCUGCUGUGUUUGCAUUCCAAGGUGUGCUCAAUGCGGUGGAUGUAUGGAUUAUCUUGAGCAAGAAGAGACUGCUUGUAUGGAUAUUUUGUGCUCAGAGUGUUGGCUUCAUCUUCCAAAAUGUGAUUUCUGCAACAAGCCUUAUUGUAAGCGGCAUGCCCUUCAGCAGACUGUUUCUCCUGGCUCCUCUGGCUUUCUUUGUGAUGUUUGCCAGGAUGUGAGUCAGGAUUUUUAUGUAAUUGGUUAAUUUAAACGAAACCAUAUUGCUUUAAAAGUUGUGGCAUAUAGAAAAUGUUCAGCUUUAACCA